CAUGAUCAGGGGUAUAAAGUCCUGCUCGAGGCUGGUUUCUCUGUCUUUUCUUCUUUCUUCCUACAUCUCUGUGCUCUUCGUUCCCCAAGUACCUCUGUCAUUAGUCAGGUCAUCAGACAAAGUUUAACAAACUUCUUCAAGUUACCUUGCCCUACUACCAACAACUACUUACUACUUCACCAAGUUAAUUCACCUUAAUCAAACAAGUACUACUACAUCAACAUGCGCUUCACAACUCAAGUCCUCACCGGAGCCACCACUCUGAGCAACACCAUGGGUGUCCUCGCCAGCCUAGCCACCACCACUCACUAUAGCGACGGCCUGCAAGGCGCCUGCGGCUGCGGCAACAACGCCGGAACCUUCGACUGGCAAUACGGCAUAACCUCCGGCGUGUACACCGCAGCAGCAAGCCAAUCCCUCUUCGACGGCGGCGGGAUGGAACACUGGUGCGGGUCUGGCUGCGGGAAAUGCUACCGCCUCACGUCCACGGGCGUAUCCAGCUGCGAGACCUGCGGCGACGGCGGCGAGGGUGGGAAGUCCAUUACAGUCAUGGUGACCAACCUGUGCCCGUUCGUGGGCAACGAGCAGUGGUGUCCACAGCCGGGCCAGCUGAACCCGCAUGGGUAUGCGAACCACUUCGAUAUCAUGGGCGGGGCGGGUGUGUUUGGGGAUAAUGUUGUUGUGGAGUUUGAGGAGGUUGCUUGUCCUGGGGAUGCGGGGGUCAAGUGGAAGACUUGUGAAUGUCACCCUGAUCUGAAGGGGAAGGAGCUUGUUGAUGGGGAUGGGCAUGAGGGCGGUGCUGGUGUUGUUGGGCCUGGCGAGGCGGCUAUUAUUUCGGUCAAGGGGGCGCCGGCACCGGUUGAGACUGUUGCUGGGAAUGUUCCUCGUGAUGGGUUUGCGACUGUUGCGAAGCCGGUUGAGACUGCCUCUGUUGUUUAGGGCUGACGGAUUGACUAUUCCUUCCUUCUUCUUUGUUUCUUGGGUGUACAAGGAUAUGAUCAACUCAUAUCCAUUCAUCUGGUCUCCUCCGGAUGUGGUCUGCCUAUGCUGAUUGUUUGAUUCAACACCAUGUGAAGUCGGGACUGAGUGUUUUAACCUGC